AUGAUGUGGGAGAUCGCAAAGCUCGUGUUCGCUAUUCCAACAUUUUCUGCGGCCAGUGAGCGCGCUUGGAGCAUUAUGGAUUUCAUCCAUUCGAAGAAACGCAACCGGUUGUCUGUUGAGAAAGUAGAUAUGCUCGCGUAUAUCUACGUUAACGACCACACCGUGCAGGAGGAAGGAGCGGACUGGGCACGGCUACACCCUUACCCCGAGAGCCAUUAUUCUCUAGACAGAGACGCCUAG